AUGGGGUCUUCACCUCUGAACCACUACGCAAACCUCCGCGCUCUCAUCCAAUCCGACGUGUGGUUCUCCGAUGGGAACAUCGUCCUCCUGGCAGGCCAAGCAGCUUUCAAGGUGCAUCGCGGCCAACUCGAGCGGCACUCGGACGUCUUCCGCGAUCUCUUUCUAAUUCCUCAGCCCCCACAGCAAGAGACGAUCGAGGGGUGCUCCUGGGUCGAGCUGCAUGACUCUCCUCCCGACGUGCUGCACCUGCUGAGAGCUCUAUACGACGGAAUGUAUUUUGCGCAGCCAUCAGCUGGUGAUUUUCCUGCUGUCGCCGCCGUCCUUCGUCUGUCCACGAAGUACAUGAUCGAGCAUCUGCGCCUGCGCUGUCUAUCUCGGCUUGAAGCUGACUGGCCGACCACUCUGGUUGGCUGGGAUGUCAGGGAGACACAAGUGACCGAUUCCCUAGGCCGGUACAAGCCCCGCCAAGGCUUUCCGCACCCCGUUCUCGUCAUUCAGCUCGCGCUGGAGUUCGGUCUCGAUGCUCUCCUCCCUUCUGCUUUCUACGACCUCUCUCGCUAUGCUCCUCGUAAAAUUCUCUCUGGCUGCGAAAUUUCCGUGCUACCAUUCCCCCCGCCACACCCCUCCUCCCCUCCCGAACCUGGCGCGCCACCAGUAACUGAAGAGAAGAUUUCCGUGUGCCUCUCGCAGCACGAGGUUUACACCACGCUCGCUGGGCGCGAGACGUGCCAGCGCUAUGUCGCCGCAUUCAUCGACCGCGAGCUGAGCCUUCGCCCGAUCUCCGCAGGCUGCCAGAAUAAGCAGCACGACCAGGGGCGCGCUUGCCGGGAGUCGUUCUACUUCAUCAUGCUCAAUAUCCUACGUUCCGUCGGCGGCAUUGCGUGCGGGCGUGACGCGGACCCGCUCUUCACGCUGCUGCAGGCGGUUGACAUGCUCUCGCGCACAGACUUCUCCGACGGCGAGAAACAAUGCGGGCUCAAAUUAUGCGCGGCAUGCAAAGCGGACUUUGCGGAAUCGGCAGCGAAGGCGCGAGAGGAUGUGUGGACUCAGAUCCCAUCUUGGUUUGGUCUUACGAUAGAGGAUUAG